CUUGGCAACCGCGGGGCGGCAAGAUGGCGGACGAUCUGGACCGUCUGCUGGACGAGGUGGAGAGGCGGCUGUGCCACCGGCGCGGCGGCGGCGGCCAGGAGCAGCCCGCGGCGGCCAAGGAGGGCAGAUCAGCUAAAGUGUUAAUGAGUGCUGGCAGCAGCGAAGAAGAUCUGGAUGACAUUAUUGAAGAAAUCUGUAAUGACAGCAGCUUUGCCAAAACACCUCCAAAAUUGAAGUCUAAUUCUGCAAGUCUCACACCUGAAAGAAAUAGUGUUGUUGUACAGGCACAUGGGAAAAGAUGCUGUCCAGUGUACCUGGGUGGAAGCCUUUCACCAUCUGGGAUAGGAACAAAUAUUUCAAAAAGGGCGUGUGAUCGGCUGCGCUGCACUGCUUGUGACUUCCGCGUGUCGCUUUUCAAUGACUACGUCUGGGAUCAGUCCUGUGAUUAUCUUUUUUUCAGGAAUAACAUGCCUGAGCUCAGUAAACUAAGAGCAAAGAUGAUAAAGAAGAAAGGAGCACGUGCAUAUGCUUGUCAGUGCAGCUGGAGAUCCAUUGAUGAAUUAACUGACCUCCAAACAGAGCAGCAGCUUCGCUGGGUUUGUGGUAAACAUGGAGAAUGAAGCCUUCUUGUGUAGGAUACCUACUUGUGUGGAAGUGACUCUUAAAAUCAGUUUGUUUCCUAUGCAGUUCUCUGAGAACAGAUGGAAAAUUGAAUACUUAUAUCUAGAAAUAGAUUGUAACACCCAGAUUUCAAUCUGAAAACUUCUUUUAAAAAUUAACUGUCUUUCAAUCAGUGUGGGGAGUUGAAUUGUUAGGAGAAAUAAUCAACUUGGAGGCUUUCUGGAAGCUAAAUGAGGUUAAAGUUCAUACUCAGUAGUGUUAAAGAAAAGAAGGGGAAAUAACAGACCUGGGCAUGGGCAAAGCAUCUUGAGACUCUUCCUCACAUCUAGCAGAGAGCCAUAUUUCCCAUGUCUGCAGAAUCCUGGACUCAAAAUGAUGGUCUGGGAAACAACCAUGACACACAAGCACAUGAACUUCUGCACAGAAGUGAAUCCUGCUCUUUUGCUUUGCUCAUAGUUGUUAAUGAGCAAGUGGUUGUUUGUCUCUUAAAAAAUUACUAUAGGAUCCGCUGUCAUCUUAAAGGUUUCAGCACACCCCAAAACUUUACUUACUUUUACCCACCAGUAGCCAAAACUGCAGGUGCUGAAUAUUUUCUUCCAGUUCCUACUGCUUUAUUCAGAGCACUUUCUGCUGACUAAGGACUUCUACCACAGUGAAUUUCUUGAACUUCUCUUCAGCCCCCACUGCACAAGAAAUGAAAAAAUUGUUGUGCAAUUAUUAAAUGUGCAAUUUUUAAAGAUGCAAUUUUAAAGACAUUCUGAAGCCUAUGUUACUCUUUUAUCAGUAUUUUUCAAUGGAAAAAGGCUCAAGAUUUUAAGAGUGAGAAAAUAUACAUCCCCACUGAUGUUCAAGUUCAGAUUUUUUUCAGUUUCACUUACCGUUCACUUCAGCUUGUCUUGAAAAAAAAUUUGUAUUUAGAUAGUGCAACCAUCCUGUUUCAACACACUCCCCUCAGUAGCAUUGCUUGGUGAGUUGUCUUGCUUACAAUCGUUCAUGAGCUUUUGCUUUUCAUUAUGUAUAAAUAACACAGAAGAUAGAUUUGAGUUUUUUGCAGGGGGAGAGGGAGAAAGGAAUAACCAGUCCUGUCAUUUACUACAUUGAAAAGUGUCUCAAUAUGGGAAGUCUGUCUGUGUUUCUGCUGUGCAGUAUGUGUAUCUGUACAGAUAAAUUCAGAAUUACUUUGGUCAAUCCUAGCUUUACAGAGCCAUUUCCCUUUCUCUGAAGUUGUGCUCAUGGUUCUAAUCUGUAUGUUUGUUCUGUUUCUGAGCCUUUCUAAAACAAUUGUAUGGUCUUGCAGAGGUGAUUCCUGUGUCUGUCACUCUCUGGAAGAGAGAUCUCAGUAGUGAUCGGAGGCAUCAUGCACUCUGCACCCUGCUCACCUUGUCCUUCCAUGGGUGCUUGUUUCAGAGCCUGCAGAGCCCAGCAGUGUGCCUGGGAAGUCUGGCAGUGCUUCCUCAGUGCUCCAGACUGCUCCUGCCAGGGCCCGUGCAGCCUUGCUGGAGAGUGAGAGGUGACUUGGCUUUGCAGAGGUACUACUUGGCAUGAUGGUGUAGACAUAUUUAGGGUCAUGUGAUGUUUUCAGUGAAUUUGGUAUUUUGGGCUGAAGUUUCAACUGCUAGAAUCCAAAACUGCAGUUUCAGGACCAGAGACCAGUUGACUACUGCUCAGUCAGAUCCUAAAAGAGCUCUGCUUGCCUUUCUGUCCUUUGUGAAGAUGUAGUCCUGGGCUGUACACAGUGAGUGUUCCAGGGUGUUCUUCAGGUGGGCCCAAGCAACUUUCUGGAGAACAUCAGUGCUAAAAUAAGAGAGGAACCCAGAGGGAGGUAGCAAGCUCUGGGGAAAAAGAAACCUGCUUUCCAUUCUUCUCGAAGAAUGCAUUUCAAAAAGUGCUGAGUUGCCUUGGCUUUUCUCUUCCAAGGCUAUUUGAAACUCAUGACCAAGUAGUUCCACAGGGUGUCUUGACUAGAAUUGUACUGGAACUUGUGCCACAGUGUAGAAACAAGCUGGGCUUGCAACCUUGUGAGCCAAAAAUGGGAGAAAUCCUAAUUCCCAUCUCAGUUCAUGAGACCAAGUCUUAUGUGACUAGGAAAGGGAGCGUGUCUCCUGUACCCUGAACACUCCCCUGAAGUAAUCAGGUUUAUUCAAGUGUAAUUAACUUGUUUCUGGCCUUGGUCAGAGUGGUGGGAUGUGACAGCAUUUUGUCCAAGAUAAGUUGUAAACAGGUACAGAAUAGUACUUCUGGUUCAGGUGUUCAGAAUUUAUCAUAUUUGUAGAUUUGAGAAUAAUUGCUGCAUCAUUAGGUACAAUUAUUUUAUUGGAAGGAGAAGCAGUAUUAAGAUGUGUUUUCGUUUCCUUUGCUUUCUCCAUUUACAUGUUACAAACCACUCCAAAGUCCUCAGAUGAAAAGAAUGUAAAGAAAGGUAAAACUAGAGCUUGAAUGUACAUUUGAUGAAGGUAUUGUCAGAUUGUACAAGGUCCUCAAGAUGUAGCCCAGACCCUAAGUGAUAUUUCUGUGUCAGUUAUCUGAGAUAGCAGGGAUUAUGUAGAGAAUUCUGUUUAAGAAUAGGUAAAAAAUUCUGUUUAAGAAUGCAAUUUAGCUGUUGUCAAAUGGAAGUGCUGGAGAACAGUGUUGCUAAGUAUAAACAUGACCACUGUUUUCCUCCAGUUUUUUGCUUUGGAAUAAUAAUACCAUUUCCAUUUGUGAAAUGAGCAAGAUGAAAAUUUAAGACUUUAAUUUUGCUUACUGAUGUGCUUGGAAAUUUUCUAGCCUGUCUCAUUAGUCUGCAACAGAUCCCUCAAAAAAAUACAAGCAAUGAAGGAUGACAAAAUGAGAUUCCAUCAAAUUUUAAUAUGCUGCUCUGACUUACCUUUCACUUGUUUUACCUGCAAACUGUGGAGGGUGAAUAUAGCUCAGAAGAGUCAUUAUUCAGAAUUGACCUGCCAUUAAAGUUCACUUACAGAAGCACAAUAACAUUACAUAUUGCAAGCUCUGCACUGUAUUAUAUCAAAUAAAGAUAUUUUUUUGUGCAAACACCUAUUUUAGUUUUGUACUGAAGAUGUUCUGCAAAUGCUGCCACUUGCUGAAAGACUGCCACUUCUCUUGUUUCCUGACAUGUGAGUCUGUGGGUCAUGUAACCAGCACAUGUGGUAGUCACACAAUACAAGAAGUGCUAUGUUGGGAGCUGUGUACACAAAUUUUUCUUCCUGCCAGGCUCUUUUUUCAGAAGACCUGACAUUCUGUCUGUAGUGUGACACCUGAUAACUGCAGGCAGGUGGAGUAAAGGAACAUCAGGUGCUGCUCAUUUGUGAGUGCUACAUCUGAUGUCUAGAGUUCGGCUUGUGUACUUUGAAAAAGUUUUUCAAAUGUCAGCACUUAAUAAAAUGAGAAGUUGGAACUAAUCUGAA